CUGAGGGGGACGGACGCGCACCAGCCGGACACAGACCCUCAAUCGCACACGCACACACACACGCACACACGCCUCAUCGUUUUCAGCAGCAUCAACACACAUUUGGAAGGAGGACAGCAGACGGUUUGCAGCAAACGGUUGAAAUAACCAUUGAAGACAAACAGCAGCUGAGAAUAAAUCCUCACAGUGCAGAUUCAGACUCCUCCACGGUGCCGACCACCUUCACCGCUGUUAGACCUGAGGAAAAGGUUUUCUCCGUACUACCUGAGCAUGGACUGGAAUAGGAAGUGGGUGCCUGGUGUUGGAGCUGUGCUAUUGACACUCCUAAGUCACAUGACUUCAGCACUUGAAGUGCCUCUUGAUCCUAAAGUACUGGAAGGAUUGCCCCAGCCCCCUACUAUAACAUUGCAGUCCCCAAAGGAUUACAUCUUUGAUCCGCGCGAGAACAUUGUUAUCCACUGUGAAGCCAAGGGGAAGCCUCAGCCCAGCUUCUCCUGGACAAGAAAUGGGACUCACUUUGAUGUGGAGAAAGACUCCAAAGUCCUAAUGAAGCCCGGUUCAGGAACCCUGGUCAUUGAUAUCAGUGGUGAAAAGGCAGAGGCGUACGAGGGAACUUACCAAUGCACAGCUCACAAUGAGCACGGCACUGCCGUAACCAAUAACAUUGUCAUCAGGCAGUCAAGGUCCCCCUUAUGGUCAAAGGAGAGAAAUGAGGCCAUCAUGGUGCAGAAGGGGGUCUCCCUUGUGCUGCAGUGUCGACCCCCUGCUGGGCUGCCACCUCCUGUCAUCUUCUGGAUGGAUAACAAUUUUCAGAAGCUGCCACUGGAUAAACGAGUGUCCCAGGCCCUGAAUGGAGACUUGUACUUUUCCAAUGUUUUCCCAGAAGACACUAGAAGUGACUACAUUUGUUACGCUCGCUUUCCGCAUACACAAACCAUCCAGCAGAAGCAGCCAAUUUCAGUCACGGUGCUGGACAGCAGCCCAGAGGGGGAGCGUCGUCCUGGUUUUAUGUUGCCUCUUGGCACCACCAGCACAAAAAUGGUUCUGAAAGGGGAGACUCUGGAGCUAGAAUGCAUCGCUGAGGGCCUGCCCACUCCGGAUAUCUCCUGGCAGAAAGAUGGAGGUGAGCUGCCAAGCAACAGAAUGUCCUACCACAACUUCAAGAAAACACUAAAGAUUUCUGAUGUGAGUGAAGAUGAUGGUGGCAACUACCGCUGCACAGCCACAAACAACAUGGGCACUGUGCACCACAUCAUCAAGGUUACUGUCAAAGCGGCUCCUUUCUGGGUCAGCGUUCCCAGGAACCUGAUCCUCGCCCCUAAUGAAACUGGCAUGUUGACUUGUCGAGUCAAUGGAGAACCCAAACCAAGGAUUGACUGGUUUGUUAAUGGAGUUCCUAUAGAGAACACUCCUGAGGAUCCCAGUCGUAAGGUGGAAGACGACACUGUGAUUCUCAGCAACGUGCAGUCAGGGUCCAGCGCUGUCUACCAGUGCAAUGCUUCCAAUGAAUUUGGCUACCUCUUGGCGAAUGCUUUUGUCAGUGUUCUUGCUGAACCACCAAGGGUGCUCACUCCACCCAACCAAGUGUACCAGGUCAUCACAAACAACCCUGCAUUACUUCACUGUGCUUCCUUUGGCUCACCAAUACCAACCAUCACAUGGUUCAAAGACAGUCAGAUCAGCAUUAGGAAUGCUGAUCCAUAUGUGAUCCAUGAGAAUGGUACACUGGAAAUUAAUGUAGCCCAGCCACUAAAUAGUGGAAAAUACACCUGCAUUGCUGGUAACAACCUUGGGAUCAAGGAGAACCAUGUCUUCCUGGAGGUUAAAGAGCCCACUCGUAUCCUGAAGCAGCCAGAGUACAAGGUGGUGCAGAGAGGAAUGAGCGCUGUGUUCGAGUGUAAAGUCAAACACGACCCUUCCCUCAUUCCCACCAUGACCUGGCUCAAAGACAAAGGAGAGCUGCCUGAUGAUGAGAGGUUUGAGGUGGAUGCUGACAGUCUGACCAUCAAAGACGUGACUGAUGAGGAUGAAGGCACUUACACUUGCAUCAUGAACACUACCCUCGAUCAGGACUCUGCCAGUGCCAUGCUGACUGUCGUCGAGGCAACUCCUACUCCUGCAGUUGUCUACGAGAAACCCGACCCUCCGACUGACCUGGAACUGACAGACCAAACAGAGAGGAGCGUCCAGCUCACCUGGACCCCAGGAGAUGAAAACAACAGUCCUAUAGAGAAAUUUGUGAUCCAAUACGAGGAUCUUCUCCACCAGCCAGGAGUUUGGACCAACCUGACAGAGGUUCCUGGCUCUAGCACCACAGCACAGCUGCACCUCUCUCCUUAUGUGUAUUACUCGUUCAGAGUGGUGGCUAAGAAUCAGGUUGGCUAUAGUGAGCCAAGCCAGUCCUCACGUCAAUAUAGGACCAACCCUGCAGCUCCAGAUGAAAAUCCGUCGGGUGUACAGGGAGUAGGGACAGACCCAGGCAACUUGGUCGUCUCUUGGACACCACUGACAGGAUUCCAGUCUAAUGGGCCAGGUCUGGAGUAUAAAGUGCAGUGGAGACAGAAGGAUGUAGAAAAGGAGUGGUCAGCACACAAUGUGGCCAAUAUAUCUCAAUGGGUUGUGUCUGGAACUCCAACCUAUGUGCCCUAUGAAAUCAAAGUUCAGGCUUUCAACGAUUAUGGCAGUGGCCCUGAACCUGAAGUGGUGAUUGGGUACUCUGGAGAAGACUUGCCAUUGUCUGCUCCAGAGAGUGUGCAGGUCAUGGUUCAUAACAGCACACUGGCAGAAGUACACUGGGAGCCCGUAUCAACCCCUUCAGUCAGAGGAAAACUACAGGGAUACAAGGUAUAUUAUAGCCGUCAGCGUGGUUUGCAUGAGACAGAAGAGGAGACUGAUCAGGAGGAGCAAGUUUUGACUUUCAGUGGGAACCGAAGUGAGGGGCGCUUGCCAGGCCUCCAACCUUACAGUGUCUACAAUCUCUUUAUCAAAGUCCUUAAUAACAAAGGAGAAGGGCCUCCUAGCCCCAGCAAGACAUUUGAGACACCUGAGGGAGUCCCAGGGCCUCCUUCUUUUCUGAAUGUAAUCAACCCUGGUUUGGAGUCUCUCACUGUGGAAUGGGGCCCACCGAUUAACAACAAUGGCCGCCUCACUGGAUACACUCUGAAAUACCAACCAGUCAACAAUACCAGCGAACUGGGACCAGUCCAGGUCAUGACCUUUCUAGCCAACGAGACCACCAUUACAUUGAGCAACCUGAACUCCAGCAUGCUCUACAAGUUUUACUUAAGCGCGAAGACAAACAAGGGCUCUGGCCCCAUCAUCACAGAAGAGGCUCUCACAGUCAUGGAUACAACUCGUACUCGGCCCACUGUAGAGGCGGGCAAAGGCCCCACAGAGCCCCCUCACCCAACUUCCCCCGUCACUCAGUCUCUGACUUCCCCGUUUCACAAGGCGCCUCCUGUAGGCCGUGCUUUUGGCACAGUUAACACUUCAGUAUCAGAGGACAGUGCAGUGAUCAGUUGGGAAUACUUUGGACACCAUAAGAAUGUAUAUGUGGAGUAUAUUGUUGAGAACAGUAAUGAGGAGUGGAAAAAGGAGUUUGCAAAUGGUUCACACUCACAUACGAUAAAAGGUUUAAAGCCGGGAACUUCCUAUAGGGUGAGAGUGAUAGCUAAAGGUGCAGCUGACCCGACAGUCCACAGCACAGACGAAAUGUUGGUAACAGUGCCAGCUGUAGCCAGCCGGCAGGUAGACAUUGCUACCCAGGGCUGGUUUAUUGGACUGAUGUGUGCCAUCGCUCUCCUCAUCUUGGUGCUUCUCAUAGUGUGUUUCAUCAAGAGAAACAAGGGUGGCAAGUAUCCAGUGAAAGAGAAAGAAGACGCUCACCAAGACCCAGAGAUCCAGCCUAUGAAGGAGGAUGAUGGGACAUUUGGAGAGUACAGCGACACAGAGGACCACAAGCCGCUGAAGGGUAGUCGGACGCCGUCCAACGGGACGGUGCGGCGUGACGAGAGCGACGACAGUCUGGUGGACUACGGAGAGGGUGGGGACGGGCAGUUCAAUGAGGAUGGCUCCUUCAUUGGCCAGUACAGCGGCAAGAAAGAAAAAGACACACAUGAAGGCAACGAGAGCUCGGAGGCCCCGUCGCCCGUCAACGCCAUGAACUCAUUUGUCUAACAAAGGGCCACGGCCUGGCUGCAACGGUUGCUUCAGCCACUCCUUGUCACCCUGGCAAAUGUGACCAUCUCUGUGGUGACAGCUGCUAAGGUGACAGUUGUUGUGGACACCUACCUUAACCCCUUGGUGGCUAUCAUUCUGGUGGCCAUGGCUAACUGUCACCGACUGCUGACACGCCCUCAUCUCCACACCCGCCAGCCCCAGUCACACUGUGACCUCCUCUCAUCAAGACGCACUCAACAUGGCAAAGACCGGCUCCACAUAACCCGUUACCAUUGGAAGAAAUGAGGGAAGGAGAGAGCAAAACAAUACAGAAAAGCAAAAGGAAUGUACCAGAAGGGGUUUUACCACUCAGACUGAGCACGACUCUUUUAGGUGUGUUAGUGCCAUUUUAUAUCCUUUGCAAAAUAUACUUAUGAAAUAUCAAAAUAGAUAUAUUUUAUCGAGGUACAGUACAUAACCCGCAGGCAGGCAAAAAUGCAUCCAAUCCCAUUCAUAAACAUCUGCAUGGAGUAAAUCAUGAUUCUAUUAAGCAUUUUACCACACUUGUGUCAGUUGUUGCAGAGGUGAGCUGCGUGUUGAAACUGUAUACCGUGCACGCCUACAAGCAGCUGGGUAUGUCUUUUAUUGUUUUUUUCUUCCCCAGUCAGAAAGUGUUAAAUGGCGUAUGAUAUAUAGUGGAAAAAAAGGCAGCAGUGUGUUUGCAGAGACUGCUGUAAAAAUGUGUGACUCAAAGUAGAAUCUAGCGUAUGUUUUUGAGACAGACGGACCUUUUUGUACAUAUGUAGAAGAAGAAGUAAGCUAUAUUUUAAGGUCAGCUAUGUCUAUUUGCGGUCAUUGAAAACCUGGCUAGACAUGAGCUAAACUUAGCUUUCAGUCACUUUGUAUCACACCAGCCAGCUAGCCAGACCUCCCACACUUAAUUGCAGUCGACCUCAUAUUUUUUCUUUUACGUUCUUUUGCGUUUUCCCAAAGUCUGUGCUUCUUCUUAAUGGCCACUAAAGUGGAAGCUUGAUUGAUUCAGUGACCACUGUGCAGGCCUCUGUUUUAUGUGGCUGUGACGUUGUCAGAACUAACUGCUACCCCAGCAUCGCUUCCAAUAGCAUUCCUACCUGCAUAUCUGCUGUGUCUACCAGCUGCAAAUACGUCACAUGUAGAGGUUCACUGAGAGUUCACGCAGUAGUGUCUGGAUGUUUAGAUGUUGGAUGAUCGAGAAGCUCUCAGCACGGUUUCUAGUGCCUUUGUAGAGAACAGCGACCUGAUCCAUAGAGUUGCAUCCUUCUUCAUACACGAGACAGACCAGAGCUCAGAGCAGUUCAAGAAGUCUAUAGCUACAAUGCAUUCAGAAUACCACCUAACCUUACCUUAAUAACAGCUUUAAAAGCUAUGCGAGUGUUCGACACUGCAGAAAAAAAAAAAGUGCUUCAGGAUUCAGCUGAUAAUGAAGUUGUUUGUAGUGGAACAUUAAAACUAAGACCAUUUUAUGAGCUAUUGUCGCUAAAUAUUGUGAGUAUGUAGGCUAGUUAUAAAAAAAAUAGCCUCUUUCAUUUUGGAGUCCAGGGUUCCUACACAGUGCUAUAAAUGGGAAUUGAUUUGAACAGUUUUGAUGUUACACAGUGGCAUUUGUUGUGAGGAAUCACUUCCACCUAUAGAUUGUUAUGCCCUCGUUGACAAUCAUAUUAUCCAGCUACCGUCAGCUCAUAGUGUACACAGACCACAAAGCCACACCAUCCAGCUAAGAACACUGAAUAAUAAAAUGGCAAAUAUGUCAUGUCUUCAUUUCAAACAUUCUCCUCCCAACCUGUCGGGAGCACUAAACUGCCAACCUGCUCACCAGGUAACUGCCAGUGGGAGCCAGACUCAACAUCUGGUAUAGACUUACUGUUACUGGUAGCUCUUAGAAAUGAAGCGGUCAUAAAAAUGAUGCUGAAUGUGAAAACAGGUGUAUCUGUUAAUGUGAAAAUAGUGCUUGUUUCACUGCAAAUGGUAAACACACUGGUGACUUCGGUUUAUGCAUUCAACCUUACGCUGUAUGUCGUCUCAGUCCCAGCGCAGUGACUUUUAUAUUACUGUAAAUGAAUGAAGCUUAAGUGCGAAUGUCUGGGGUGCAUGAGAGUGCGCGUGUGCAGCACGUGCAUGCUACCGUGUUAUAGCGUGUGUGAUGUAUACUGUUGCUUUCUUUUUUUUUUCCAUUGAUACCAGUCUGUAAUUCCGAUGUGCAGUCUGCUUCCAAGACCUUUUUUUUUCUCAGACAACAUUUCCAUGUGUUAGGUUUAUCAUAACUUGCAUCAAGUUUUUAGGUUGCAAUGUGUCAGCUUUCCACUUGUAGAUAUUUCUGUUGCAUUUUGUAAAUACUAGUUUGAAUUGAGCGUGUUGAGGUUGGAGGUGAGAGCUUGACCUCGGUCAGUUGUGUGAGAUGGGACUAUUUACAAUUUUCAUUCUUUUCAUUUGGUGUGAAAUUAUUUUAUAUUUUAACCCGUCAGGUGACUUUGCAAAUGUUUAACUGAUCAGGUAUCAAAGGAGAUUAUUUAACUUGUGACUGAGCUCUUGUGACACCUGUAUUGUUUCUGUCUCAGACAGUUCAUGCACAUUUUCUUUAUUUUUUACAAAAAAAAAAAAAAAAA